AAAAGGAGCUGCUUCUUCUGGAAGAAGAUGUAAAGGCUUUAGAAGAGAUGUAUCCUCAAGGUGAAAAGGAGAAGGAACAGUCUGCUCUUCGUGCACAGAGCAGCUCUGUUAGAAGCAGCAAAAGCCAAGCUAAGAUUACUGAAGAAAGCGUGCCGAAGACUGUGAAGUUCCAACCCUUCAUCCAAGAAGAAGCCUUAGUUAGUACACACAAUGAUGUUUUCCCAAGUACAGCAGAGCAAUUCUUUGACCUAUUGUUGAAUGAUGACUCAAAUUUUAUAAAUGAGUAUCGUUCAGUCCGAAAGGACACUAACCUUACUUUUUCGCAUGAUGAUCAAUUUGAGAAGUUUUCAAUCUUCAGCUUGGGUAAUGAUUCUUCGUUAAAUUUAGGAAACUGA